AUGUCUCCUGUCAGAGCCAUUGAGGGGGGGGGUCCUUCCCUUUUGGGUCAAUCUGAGGGAAUGGUGAAGUCAUUUGAUGUGUCGGCUCGUUCAGGACCCUUGGAUUUGUCUGAUAUCUCCGACGAAUCUGAUCAUUCUUCCAAUCCAUAUAUAGAUGACAUAGAGCUACAGGACCAAAGUAUAAAUCAAGGUGAGAUGGGAAAUGAUGACCGGUUCGACGAAGAACAGACUAAUAGCGAUGUCAAUUACUAUCCCAAUGUCUCUCGUCGUGGUCGUCAUACUGCAAUACCCAAUGAUAGUGAUGAUAUUAUUCUUCAUAAAGAGACCCGGAGAGAAAGGGUCAUUAAGUUUGUGAACUCCGACAGGCCCCGAUAUCUUAUUGUUGGUACUGGAGCGAUCAUAAUGGUUGUCACUGUUAUGGCGUUGGUUAUUCUGGGUAGGAAUUCUGAUGCUGGUGGUGGUGUUCGGUCUGCCAAUCCUUCCGGUUAUAGUGAUAGCUCUGAUCUGGUUUCACUAGCACCAAUUUUUGACGAUGUUUCUACUCCAAGCAAGAAAAAUCUUACCUUGAAGGAGGAACUGAUGGGUUUGUUUUACUCUUCUACUUACAAUGCAGAAUUUAUUGAGGUUGAAGAGAGCAGCUCUUUAGAUGAAGGUUAUUACAUUCAUCGCGCUGGUAGUAUCUGGCUCUUGAAGAAAGCAGCAGAUGCUGGUUACGAAAAGAAGUUAUUUGAUACUAGAGAACCUGAUUAUGAUGGAGACGAUGUUAGUGUAAAGUUGGUGAAGUUGAAUAUCCAGUUAAAUAAAGCUUUGGUGAUGUCAGACGCCCAGCCUCUCUUUAGACAUUCCACCCUAGCCAAAUACUGGCUUCUAGAUUUAUCUUCGAUGCAACUUGAGCCAAUUUAUAAACUCGAAAAUGGAGACGUGCCGAAGUUAUCGUUUGCAAUGGCUUCUCCGAAGAUGAAUUAUGUCUCUUUUGUCUACAACAACGAUCUCUAUAUUCGAGAUAUUGCUGCAGAAUCAGUACUUUCUAUCACGCAAGAUGGUUCUGUCGAUGUUUUCAACGGUAGGCCUGACUGGGUGUAUGAGGAGGAAGUUUUGGGUGCUGGAAAUGCCAUAUAUUGGACUCCGGACGAAUCAAAGCUUGCAUACAUCACCUUUAACGACACUGAGGUUGAAGAUUAUAAUCUAGAGUUCUUCAAAGAUUACCAGUAUCCAAUUGUGGAACCUCUAAAGUAUCCUAAGACCGGCUCUAAAAACCCGAGAGUUGCUGUUUCCGUGUACAACAUAGAGCAGGGGGUUACUCAGAAUGUCAAUCAUAAAGAUAGUAAACUAGGAGAUGAUUUUAUCGUAUAUGAUAUAGCAUGGAUCACUGGAAACGAGUUGCUAAUUAAGGAAACAGAUCGCACAAGCAGAAGUAUCGAUUUUAGACUUUAUAAUGUGGAAACAGAUGAAAGUAAAGUAGUCAGAUCCGUCGAUACCAGCUCUUUCGGCGGCUGGUAUUAUGGUUCAGGCUCGGAAAGUAAGAUGUUUGUUCUUCCUGAUGGUAGGGGAUACGUGGAUAUGACCGUUGUUGGUAAGCACAAUCGAUUGGCAUACUUUGACAAUGCAGAAUCUCAAGAACCUGCUGCUAUAUCGGGUGAUUCCAAAUCUGAUUGGGAAGUGAUGACCAGUGUUAUUGGUUACAAUCAAGACGAUCAGACUCUUUACUUCAUUGGUACUGCUGGAUCUGCCAUUCAACGAUUUGUUUACCAAUGGUCUCUCAAUGAAAAUAGAUUGGUAGCUCUAACCAACACCAGCAUGAUCGAAUCUUACGGUGCCAAAUUCUCUGCGAACGGUAAGUACUGUAUGUUGGAGUACAAGGGGCCAGAUGUCCCCUGGCAGCGAUUUGUCGAUGUCAAGAGGUUUAUGAGUGAUGCUGAAUAUCGGAAAAAUAAGAACCGAGACAAAAACACUCACUUCUCGCAGGCAUUGUACGAUACUCUGGGCUACUAUGAUGUUCCCUCGAAGCUCUAUCAAACUCUGAAGAUGGAAGAUAAUGUGACUAUUGAAUUUGUGGAGGUAAGACCUGCCAAUUUUGAUAGUAAGAAUAAAUACCCAGUUUUGGUGAGCGUUUAUGGAGGGCCAGGGUUGCAGAAACUCAGUAGCAGUUUUUCAUUUGGAUUUGAAGAAGUGGUGGCGUCUUCAUUGAAUGCGGUGGUUUUGUACAUCGAUCCAAGAGGUACGGGAGCAAGAGAUUGGGAGUUUAAAUCGUAUGCCAGAGACAAUAUAGGUUAUUGGGAGCCACGAGAUAUCACAGAGGUGACUCGCAAAUUUAUCAAUGAAAGAGGAUACAUUGACGAGAAUAAAACGGCCAUCUGGGGGUGGUCCUACGGAGGUUUCACCACUUUGAAGACUUUGGAGUAUGAUCAUGGAGACACGUUCAAAUAUGGAAUGGCUGUGGCACCGGUGACUAACUGGAUGCUCUAUGACUCGAUCUAUACAGAGAGGUAUAUGGGACUACCGAAGAAUAACAAGAAUUACGAUACUACAUCUCAGAUUAGCAACAUCAAAAACUUUCAGAAAGUACAACGGUUCCUCAUUAUGCAUGGAACCGGUGACGAUAAUGUUCAUUUCCAAAAUACUCUCCAGCUCUUGGAUAAGUUUGAUUUGGCAGAGGUGGAGAACUACGACAUUCAGAUUUUCCCCGAUUCAAACCAUAAUAUUGUCUACAAUAAUGCCCGCACUAUAGUGUUCGACAAGCUCUAUAGUUGGCUAGAGAACGCCUUUGAGGGUAAAUAUAAUUGA